AUGGCUUCCCUGGACUCCUACCCGCAGACAUGCCCAUCCGCUGGACUAGGUUACCCCGGCAACCUCACUGCAGAGCAACAGACGAAACUGGAACAGUUGCGCAGCGAACUCGUGGCAGAAAGCUACAAGGAACGGACAGAUGAUGCAUCUCUUCUACGGUUCUUGCGGGCACGCAAGUUCGACGUUGCACUGGCGAAAGCCAUGUUCAUCGACUGCGAAAACUGGCGAAAGAGUUUCGGCGUGGACGAGCUCAAGCGCUCAUUUGACUUCAAAGAGAAGGAACAAAUCAGCAAAUUCUAUCCUCAGUACUAUCACAAGACGGACAAAGAUGGUCGUCCAAUCUACAUUGAGCAGCUUGGUGGUAUUGACCUCAAAAAGAUGUACGAAAUCUCCACGCAUGAGCGCAUGAUUCAGAAUCUGGUCGUUGAGUAUGAAAAGUUCACCGACAACAGACUGCCUGCCUGCUCACGCAUGAAGGGCGAGUUGGUCGAGACGAGUUGCACCAUUAUGGACCUCAAGGGCGUCGGCAUCACCUCCAUUUCAAGUGUCUACUCCUAUGUCAAGUCGGCCAGUGCCAUCGGUCAAAAUUACUAUCCGGAGCGCAUGGGCAAGUUCUACAUGAUUAACGCACCUUGGGGCUUUUCUACUGCAUUCGGUAUGAUCAAGAGUUUGUUGGAUGAAGUCACCGCAAAGAAGAUUCACAUCCUUGGCUCGCACUACAAGGAUGAACUGCUCAAGCAAAUUCCUCCUCAGAACCUGCCCAAGAAGUUUGGUGGAACGAGUGAGACAGCAGGUCCAGUCGAGCUCUCUGAUGAAGGGCCAUGGACUGAUCCAGCAUUCGCAUCUCCAGCAGCUACGGCGACUGAGCCGAAGGCGGCACUCAUCAGUGGGACUGCCACUACCUCUGCGGCGAGUCCUGCAGCAGGCACGGCAGCGGCGAUCUAG